CGCUUCUGCCGUGCGAUGCCGGGGAAGGCGGAUACAUCCCCGGGGGCUCAAUUCCCGUCCUCCCGCUCUCCGUGUCCCACGCCCCGACGGGAAGCGCUGCCGCUGCGUGUCCGCAUCCCUGCGCGGGGGGAUGCGGGAACUGCCAGCCCCAGCAGCGGGGCGGCCCCCGGCCCUUCCCCUCGGGGGCGAUGCUCGCUGUGCCCCCGCCCGGGCGAUGCGCACCGCGGCCGGGGCAGGGCGGGGCGGUGCCCGGGGCGGUGCCGCUGCCCAGGGCGGGCUCCGGGGCUGGGCGAGGCGGACCCCGUCGGGCAGCGAGGCCGGUCCCAUGGGAGCCCGGGGAAGGCAGCGGGCCGCUGGAUGCCCAUGGCUUUCAGCCCGGGGCUGCUGGUGGUGGCCGGUUCCUUCGCCGCUUUCCGCCUGCUGAACCGGGGGCUGGAGCGGCUCGUGCCGCCGCCGCCCUCGGCCCGGCGCAACCGCUGGAAGUGGCGCAACAUCUGGACAUCGCUGGCGCACAGCGUGCUCAGCGGCGGCGGGGCGCUGGCCGGGUUCUACCUCCACCCCGAGCUGUCCAAGGACCUGGUGGGCACACACCCGCCCGGGGCGCACAGCCUGGUCGCCGUGUCUGUAGGUUAUUUCCUUGAAGACUUUGUGGACAUGUUAUGCAAUCAGAAGCUUCAUCAGUCCUGGGAGCUGCUCUUUCAUCACUCUGUGGUGAUUGUCUGCUUUGGUAUUGCAGUGCUGCUCCACCAGUACGUCGGCUUUGCCCUUGUGGCUUUGCUGGUGGAGAUCAACUCCAUCUUCCUCCACCUGCGGCAGAUCCUGCUCAUGGCCAACCUGGUGCACACCACCUGCUACCGCCUCAACAGCGUCAUCAACCUGGGCACCUACGUGGUGUUCCGCAUCGCCACGCUGGCCUGGAUGACCCACUGGCUCUUCCUCAAUCGCCAGAACGUGCCCCCGGCCACCUACGCUGUGGGCACAGUGGGCAUGGCAAUCAUGACACCCAUGAACAUCAUCCUCUUCUACCGCCUGCUGCGGAGCGACUUCUUCAAAUCCAGGCGGGAUGUGCAGCGGGAGAAGGAGGAAUAGCCCCCUCGCCUGCGAGGGGGAGCAGUGCCAAGCCCAUGGAGCAAGUGGAGGGUGAACGUGGCUAUUUCAGUACCUUGCAGGGAGGGUCUGCACUGACAGAGCAUCCAGGCUUUUCUUGUGGCUCAAGAUCCUGGGCCCUGCGCAGCAGAGGAGGUGCUCGUGGACCAGGCACUGUGGCUCUGCUCCCCAAACGCCUUUGGAUGAUGUGGUCGGACAAUUGGGAGCUGCUCAGAGAAGCCUCAACAGCUCUCACAGCUCCCUGAGGCACCGCUGAGAUGAGAAGGGGACAGAGCAGCACUGUUUCCCCACUGUUCUUCCGGACAUCCCAACACCACAGGGUGUUUCCAACCCCUUUGGUGCUGCAGCCCCCAGCAUCCCAUCAGCCACAGGACGCUGUGUCCUCCAUGGCAUCUCCCAUGGGAACACCACCAGGCAAGACAGGCUCCAAGGCAACGGUCAGUAAAAACCAAACUCUGCACUGAGCCCUCUCUGAGGAGACUGUCUCAGGCUGAGACCUGGCUGGGUGGCUGCUGCCCGCUGUGGGGUCCAGCUCAGGGGCAGCCCCAACCUCUCCUGACGACUGGAGCAUUUUUCAUGGUGUUUUGUCCCCAGAUAAUUUUAAGUGCCCAUAAAUGAGCGUGGGAGAGCGCAAGUGGCUGGAGGGAGGAUGCUGUGUGAUGGUCACUUCCCACAGAUGUGGGGUUUUCAGGCAGCUUUUAGGAUUCAGGCAUCUGUUGGGAAUGACAAGUCGUGCUGCAGAGCCCAGUGUAACGCUCUCACCUGGCAGCAAAGGCUCUUACUAACACGAGCUUUUAAUAAAUGGCUGCAAAUGAAAUGGCUUGAGGGGAAGGGACUGAGAGGGGACAAAAGGACUCAGCAUCCCAGCCCACUCUGGGGGUGUGUCACUGCUUAGCACAGUCCUUACCCUGUGUCUCCCUGCCAUGGAGUGAAAAUACACUGUACACUGGCACACUCUA